AUGGACGCCAAGGGGAAGGGCAAAGAAGUCCUGGGCCUCAACUCGGGCGUCUUCAAUUCGGGCGUCUUCAACAACGCCAGCUUCGGGUCGUUCUCGAAUCUUCAGGACUUCCCCUUCUUCGAGAGCCUCACAUCGUUGGGCGAUCUGUCUGCGCUCGGUGCGGCCUUCCAUCAGAGCGUACCCUCCCUCCCCGAGCACCUUGCCGCCGCCGCUGCCGCCCACGCCGCCGCCACGGCCGCCCCCGGCCAGCAGGGCUCCGCCGCCAACCUCGGCAGCUUCAACCUCGGGCGGAACGAUAUCUUCGCCAACUUCACACAGUCUUCGCUUCAGAACCUGCAGCUCUUCCUGAGCGAAGUCGAGCAGGGCGUCAUCGCCUCGGGCCAGGUCCAACAGCCCCAGCCGAGCCCGCAGCCCCAGCCGUCGCCGCCGCCGCAACAGCAGCAGUCCCAGCACGCGCACCAGUCGCAGCAGGCCCAGCCCCUGCCGCCCGCCGCCGCGGCAACCUACGCGCCGAUCAAGCCCACCACGACAGCGUCGCAGCCACACCACCAUCCCUCGCUGCAGCCGCUCAAGGCCGGCCCGGCGCCCACGCCGAUCGCCCCGGCGCCGAUCUACCCGUCGCCCGCCCAGUUCGCCGCGUUCGCGCCGUCGAUGCACACCUACCCCCACCCGCAGCAGCCACAACACUCCACGCAGCAGUGGGGUCCACGACCAGGCGCCCAGGUGGUAUCGCCCAAGCUGCCGCUCACGCCGUCGUCGGCGGCGAUGAUGGCCCAGUCCGGCGGCGUCGGUGGUGCGCCCUCGCUCGCGCCCAUCGGCGGACCACCCGCGGGCGCCCUCGCGGUCCCGCAGGAGUUCUCGAGCACGCUCUACAGCCUCGCGUCGACGCUGCCACCACCUAUGAUCCUCUCCAACGACUCGGUGCUGGGCUCCGUGGGCGGCGGCCUCCACUUCCAGCGCCACUGCGUGCGCCGUCGGAUGCCGGACGAGCUCACCCAAGCCGACCCCAGCAUGUUCCUCAACUGA